GUUCUCCCGCCAGUUUCCAUGGAAUUCUGCCCACAUGACAACGAACUGAGCUCGCAUCACUUUACCAAGCCUAUCGACAUCAACUCGGCCACGCUCUAUACCUCGCGCAUCACCCGUUUGGACCAGUUUGACAUCGAUGGCGACGCCGUUCCUGACUACUUCCUCUCAUCGUUCUCGGGCGUCUCGUUCCUUCCCUCGACGCUCCUCAACUCAUCGUACGCUCCAGCUCGCAACCCGUCGCAUUCAGCCGCAUCUAUGGGCCCCGCCGCUUGCAUGGCGGACGUCUACUCGGUUUCGCUCGCUCAUUACGACUGUGAGUUCGACCGUGCGAUGGUCGCCGACUUUAACGCCGACAACGUGCUUGACAUCUUCGUCGACGCGUGUGACGGCAACCCCAUCGCUGUUCUUCCGGGUUCGCUCACUCGCCUCUGGCCACGCCACGUUGCCACUAUCCCAGUCACUGCACCGGCCUACGGGUCUCAGCAGCGUUUUUACAUCGCCGACAUCGACGCCGACGGCGACAACGAUGUCGUCUGGUUCUCCACCUCAGACUCGACCGACUUCUCACUUGACCUCGUCUGGAUCGAAAACACUGGGGCCGGUGCCCUCGCGCUGACCCGCAACGUCAUCGAGCCCUACCACUCAAACAACGGUCGCUUUCAGUCGGUCGACGUCGCAGACGUCAACGCCGACGGCUUCCCGGACAUUGUCUGGCAGACCUCCUCCGGUGAUACUUUUCUCCGCCACGCCACCGCCCCAGGUGUCUUUGGCCCCCGCAUCUCGCUCUUGCCCAAAACCUCCGACUCGUACUUUCUCCAGUUCUUUGACUACGACGCCGACGGUCGCCUCGACGUUGUCCAGGAGGAUCCCAAGGACAACAACAUCAUCGUCUACGUCAACGGUGCCACCUCCCCCACAGACGAUUUUGUUGUCGCCGAGCGCGUCGAGAUGGUCUCCGGCAGUGACGUCACCUGCCUCGAGGUCGCAGACUUUGACAAGGAUGGCGACCACGACCUCGUCUACGGCUCCUUUUCUGAGGACAAGCUCCGCUACGCCCACCACACCUCGGGCUCGUCCUUCACCUACUCAGACAUCUUUAGUCUCAACAACCCGAGCAGGAUCGCCCUCGGUGACAUCAACGGCGACACCUAUCUCGAUGUCUGCUCCUACGGUGCUCACGACCUCAAGUGUGCAGUGUACGAGUCGAGCGUCUCGGCGUUUGGCGUCACUGUCUGGACCACGCCCGCUCCCGACGCCUCCGACAUUGUCCUUGCCGACAUGAACGCCGACGGCUUAGCCGACCUCCUCGUCCUCCCGUCCACCACAGCUGGCUCCUUCCGCGCUGGUGCCACUCUCUACUACUACCGCAACUCGGGUCUUCUCACCACCCCGUUCUCCACGUCUGCCCGGGUCGGAGUCAUCGCCGAUACUUUGGCCGGCGUGGCCGUCCUCAUCGACGUCGACUCGGACGGCGACACCGACGUCACCAUGGUCUACUUCAACGGCAAGUCCAUCACCCUCACCCUCCUCGCCAAUACCCAUGUCGAGAGCGGCGCAGCGCCCGGUGACACGCCGGCUUUUGUCUUGUACUCGAUCCCGGUCACCCCACCGCCAGGAAACUCCUGGCCCAACGAGGUUGUUGCUCUCGACGAUGGCCGAUUCCUCAUUUUGUUCUCUUCGAAUUACGAUGACGUCUACCUCAUCACCAACGUUUCCUGGUUCGAGGCCAACACCACCGCCUCGCUCACCCUCGUCGCUUCCGGUACUUUCUGGAACGGCUUCCACAUCACCGACAUCAACAACGAUGGUUUCCUGGACUUUGUCUAUGAGAACCUUUUAGCCAACGACGCCAUCCUCGCCAUCCUCGACAUCCGCGGCGUCGGCCUCGAGAACCUCUACGCCGACGGCGGAGAGCGUAUUGUCGUCGCAGACGGCGUGCCCCUUUUAUACCGCAGUUCCUUUAUUCACCUCAAUCCCUCCGAGGACGACUACAUCGACUACAUCGAAGCAAGAUAUGUCGUCCAGCUCAGCAUGGGCCUCCCGCGCCCUCCUAAUUCUGUAGUUCUUGUUGACGCCACAGGCGAUGGCUUUGUCGACAUUCUCGCCCCAUCCUCGUUCGAAGGCAUCCGCGUCUUCCCUUACCUCGCCGCAGGUGCCGUCAAGGACACCAUCGUUACCGCCGUUGACAGUACGGCGGGCAUCACCGCCUCUACCGUGGCUGAUCUCAACGGCGACGGCUGGCCCGAGCUCAUCGCCUUUGACCCGUCUGGCACCUUUACUAUCGCCGACAAUGCCCCGAGAUUUGACAACGUCAUCAGCCAGUCUGCCUCCAUGUACGCGGGCGACAUCAUCUGGCUCGAGGCUGCGGACAUUGACCGCGAUGCCCGCCCAGACCUCGUUGCUCUCGUUGACGACGACAGGCUGGUGUGGUACCGCAACACAGGCGCCGAGCCUUACUUUGUAUCAAGUGCCCCCUUCGGAUACAACAGGUACGUCGUCAUCGACUCGGGCACCAUUCGCAACGCCAAAGACUUUGUCAUCGUCAACCUCAACAACGACGCCUGGCUCGACAUUGUCAUCUCCUCUGUCAACAAUAACGCCAUCUACGUCCUCAUGGGCCACGACAUCGCUCAAGACGUCAAGGCCUUCUACCCUCCACACCUCUCGGUAGACCUUGGUUCGCCCUGUUCCUCGGAGCGCUUUGUUCGCGCCGUUGACGUCACCGCAGACGGCCUCCUCGACCUCUUCGUCGUCUGCUCCGCCGCCGACCACAUCAUCUAUGCGCCCUCGCUCGGUGCAGCCGCCGAUGCCAACGGCACCCUCACCUGGGAGACCGCUGCUCCGAUCACCAUCAUGCUCUCGAGCUCGGACAACGUCGCCGGCUUUCAACUCGGUGACAUCAACAACGACGGCCUCGUCGACAUUGUCCUCUCCUUCUCCUCCUUGUCAAGCCCCUACCGCUAUCUCAUCAACAUUGGCUCGUCUGCUGCUCCGGCUUUCUCGUCCCUGCACGACAUCCCUAUGGAAGUCGACUGGGACAAUAUCGUUCCAGGCCCCUCAAAUCCCAACCCGCUUGGCACGGGCGAUGUCUUUGCCCUCGUCGAUCUCGAUUGGGACGGCUAUCUCGACGUUGUCGGUAGCUCUUCUUCAGCGUACGCUAUCAUCCUCCUCAACGCCGGGUCUGGCCCCUCGCCCGCAGCCUUUGACGACGCCAACCCUGGUCUUGGCAUUCCACGCCUCGCCUCCGCCAUCAAGUGGUACCAGAAGGGCAAAACCUUUACCCGCGCCCGGUUUGAAACCAUUGAUGUCUUGGAUGCUGACGGCGAUGGCUACCCAGACUGGUUUUCCUCCUCCUCGCACACCGAUGUAGAGCGCGCAGUCGUCUCCGGCAUCAACUCGAACUGGCGCCUCCCGCGCGGCCCGCGCAACUUUACAGUUCCCAUCGACCGCUGCGGCUACACGCUUGCCUGCAUCGCCUCGGUCAUUUCCACACAGAUUGCGCGCUGUGGCGACUCAGUUGUCCUCCCGCCCGGAACCUACACUGGCUGCUGGUCCUCCCGCCGCUUUGUCGUCGGCAAGUCGGUCCGCAUCGUCGGCGGAGGUGCCUCUCGCGACGACGUCAUUAUCGACUGCUCCUCCGUCGCCGCAACUCCUUUCGAGGACGGCAGCAUCCUCUUUGCUGUCGAGGAGGAGCGCGUCGAGCUCGUCCUCGACUCGCUCACCAUCAUCGGUGGUACCAGCCCCGAGACUUCUUUUGGCGGUGGCCUCCUCACCGUCUCGCACGGCUCGCUUGUCCUCUCCUCGGUCGUCAUCCGCAACGCCACCUCAGUCACCGCCGACCAGCUCUCAGUCAUCGACUCGCUCCUUGACGCCAACACCGCCCAACACUCGGGCGGCGCUAUCGCUGCCGUCGGCAACAGCAUGUCCAUCACACUCGAGCGUUCCGUCUGCUCUCGCAACAUCGCGGAAGUCUCUGGCGGCUGCAUCUUCCUCGAGUCCGCCUCAGGCUUUUCCUACCUCACCAUCAUCGACUCGCACCUUAGCGAGAACACCGCUGUCGGCACCUCGCCGGCCAUCGCGGCCUCCCGCCGCGGCGGCGCCGUCGCCGUCAUUGCCCUCGCCGACAUCGUCGCGGUCAACCUCCUCGGCUCGGCUUGCUCUCUCGCGGACAACAUUGCUCGCGAGAACGCAGGCGCCCUCUUCCUGCGCACCUCUACCUUGGCCAGUGCCAAGCUCACCCUCAACUCGUGCUCGUUGACCAACAACAUCGCCCAGGGCGGCGAUGGUGGCGGCGUCCACGCCCUCGCCCUCGACGCCUCUGAGCUCAACAUCUACAUCGGCGCCGGCACUCUCUUCUCUGGCAACUCGGCCGUUGGCUCCGGUGGCGCUCUCGCUCUCGAAAGCGACUCGGCUGCCGCAAACGCCGCCAUCAACACCACAGCUCCCGGCGCUGCCUUUCGCUCCAAUGUCGCAGACCUCCACGGCGGCGCACUGGUCGCCUCAGGCAAGGCCGUCAGCACCUACCUCGUUGAUGUUCUCUUUGAGCGCAACCUCGGCCGCCGCAUCGGCGGUGCUAUCAUGGCUGUCGGCCACGCAACUGUUCGCCUCGUUGGCGGCACUCUCUCCAGAAACUCGGCUGCCUUUGGCGGCGCCUUUGGCAUCACCUCGGCGCCCGACUACCUCCGCGCCUCGCUCACUCGCAACGGCUUCCCCGUCGAAGCCUCCAGCGCCUCGCUCGAGCCGCUGCUUGCCGACUCCGACGACACCGCGCCAUGCGCCGCUCGCGGCGCUCUCCUGACCGACUCCGUCCAUCUCGACAGCAACAUCGCUGUCUAUGGCAGCAUCGGCUUUGCCUGUGGUGCCCGCCUUGCUACGCUCGGUGAUGGUGCCUUUGCUUGGGACUCGAGCGCGCGCGUCGGCGGCAUCGCGCCGUCCUCUGGCCUCUUCUUUGCCUGCAUGCCGCAGCCUGGCUUUUGCAGCCGCGUCGGUGACCCAUGCUGCCUCGCGGAUAGCCGCACCGAGUUCCUCAGGGGGCCGUGGAUGGCAGCCUCGGACGCCAUGGUCGCCGCCUACAAUGCUUCUUUCUCCGACAUCGCCGCCUCAGUCGGCUACGGGCCAGUCAUGGCCAUGCCGCUCGUCGAGCUCGAGUGGACCGCGGCGCUGCCGACCGAGUCGAGUGGCCGCGAUGGUCUCGGGCAGACCAUCGUCGAUCCGCAGCUGGCCAUCAGUCUCGCCUUUGCCGACGACGCCACAGACGCAAACUUUGCCUUUGUCGGCGCUGGUCGUCUGCAGCUCAUGUCUGAGCCUGCUGGUGUUUCGUUUGCCGGUGUGGGCAUCGCUGCGCGCGCUGGCGUUGACGUCGGCGUCGACAUCAACCUCGUCGCCUCUGUCGCCCAGUCGGCCGUCGACGUCUCCGUUGCGCCCAGCGCCGUCAUCACUGCCCGCGUUCGCGUCCAGGCCUGUCUUCCAGGCUCGGGCGCGCUCGUCAGGGACGGCUCGAGCGUCCUCGAGUGCGCGCUUUGUGACGAGGGUCUCUUCUCCGACACCACCUCGCUCGACCCGUGCGCCGCCUGCCCGCCGUCAUCGGUUCUCGCCGGCCGCGGCGCGAUCGACUGCUACACCUGCCCGGUCAAUGCCCAGCUCGUCCCGGGUUUCGUCCCUGUCCCCGGCCGCGGCCUCAACUGCACCUGCAUCCCAGGCACAUGGACCGAUUCCGGCGGUGCCCGCUGCGCUGGCGGCAUCGCCCUCCCCGUCGCCAUCCCUGGCUACUUUCCCACUGCCGAUCCAGGCAUCUUCCUCGAGUGCCCCAACCCGACCGCGUGCUCGGGUGGCUAUCCGUUUGUGUGUGCCCAGGGCUACACCGGGCGGUUGUGCGGCGCCUGCGCCCGCGGCUACUACGCCCUCUCGGGUGCGUGCUACAAGUGCGACGACCGGACCAUCCCGCUUCUCAUCGCAGCUUUUGUCGCCGCUGUUGCCCUCGUCGCCUUUCUCGUCUGGCUCAACUCCCGCGAGGAGCUCACCUACCGCUUUGCCGCCAUCAUGAUUGGCUUCAACUCGCUUCAAAUCUCCGCCAUGUACGGACAGAUCGACCUCGAGUGGCCGCCCUUUGCCGCCUCUUUCUUCAACGUCGUCUCGCUCGUCAACCUCAACUUUGACCUCAGCUCGCCCGAGUGUGCCACCGUCACCGACCACGUCUGGCUCCUCAAGUGGUGGCUGACCGUCUGGCGCGCCAUCGCCCAUCGCUCCGCCCUCCGUCCACCUGCCCUUACGCUCACCGCUCUCCUCGACGCUUCUCGUCGCGCCUACCUCCAGCUCAUGGUCCUCCUCUACCUCCCACUCGCCGCAAAGGCCAUGAGCUACUUUCAGUGCCGCCGCGAUCGUGACGGCCGCUGGGUCCUCGAGGCCGCCCCGGCAAAGAGCUGCUACGGCACCUGGUACUGGAACUACUUUGCCUUUGCCCUCAUCUUUGCUGGCGCCUACGCCGGAGGCAUCCCCGCCCUCGUCUACUGGCUCCUCACCCGUGUCCGCGCCAAGAGCGACAGCAUCCUUUUCAGCCUCCGCUACGCCUUUCUCGUCGGCCGCUUCCUCCCGCGCGCCUAUCGCUACGAGGUCUGGAUCAUGGCCCGCAAGGCGAGCGUCGUCCUCGCUAUGACCGUCUUCCGCUCGCCGAGAGUCAAGGCCAACGUCGCCCUCUUUGCCCUCAUGAGUUGGUUCUGCCACCUCCUCGACCGCAAGCCCUACGCCUCGCCCUUCCACAACAUCCUUGCGCUCUUCUGUCUCGCUACCUGCGCCGCAAUCCUCUGGUCCAUCACCUUUGACGCUGGCGCCUCGCGGACCCUCGUCGCCAUCACCGCCAUUGUCAUCAACGUCGUCGCUAUCGUCGCCGGUGUCGUCGUCGAUGCCAUCCUCAUCUAUCGCCGCCACGCCGCUGCAGACAAGGACCUUGCCGACGGCGAGGACGCCACGUAUGCCGACUUUGGCUAUGCCGCCGACGGUGCUAUCCUCUCCGCCGUGCCCGAUGCCGUCGUCAACGCCAACGACUCGAACCACCAAGUUGCCUCGGUCACUAACCCGGUCUUCACCAACGGAGACCGUAUUCAUGUGGCGAGCUCGUGGACAGACGUCGACGACACCACUGACGCCCUUGCCCUCCACUCGCUCCAGUCGGUCGACUCGAUGGCCUCGCUUCCCGCCGUCGCCAUUCCGGCUCCCCCAAUGCCGUCGUCGCCCGUCGCCUCCCUGACCCCGGCCGCAGCAUCCGCCCGCACAUGCUCUUCCUCCUCCUCAUCCUCCUCCCCCUCUUAG